UCUGAGUCCAGAGAUGCGUCUCCUCUGUUGUCAGAUCCGGCUGCGGUCACGCAGGUUGCCGAGCUUGGACAGGGUGUGCGCGCAGACCAGUGUCGUUAAACGUGGGACCUGCGCAGACUCUCAAAAGGCUGCGCGACAUGAACGCGCCCAGCGGCUUUGGAAUUGAGCAUGCGCAUUAGAAAGCGGAGCCGGUGGAAACUGGCGCCAUUUCGGAUCGGCGCGGUGUCAGCAUUGCAUAGAACACAGCGCGCAAAGAGCCAACAUGGAGAACCCUGCCAUCCAGCUUCAUAACCGCGUCGAGCCGCCCUCGCUUCCACAGGGAGGCCAGCCAAGGAUACGCGCCGAAUCAUCCAGGCACGCCUUCUGCUGGGACGCUUUCAUUACAGCUCCGGACAGAGAGAGGGCUGCUUUGUGUACCUGGAGAGAGGUGGCUGCAGGCGCUGCUGAUUUGCCGAGACCAGUCUGCCACUAAAACCAGUGAAGAUGGACGUCAGUGUCUCCGUGUCGUUCUUUCAAGAGCAGCUCGCCUCUCCCGUCGAGCGCGCAGUGAAAGCGGCUGUAGACUCCGUCCUGCGGGAAAUUACUGAAGUUGUCGGCAGCAGAUUCACUGAGUUCCGAGUGGAAAUGACUGCAAUGAAGAGAGAGAAUGAAAGUCUGAAGCUGAGACUGGAAAUAUCAGAGAGCGAGCUGAGAGCCGUGCGAGGGUGUAUAAACGCUGCAGAUACAGACAUUAAACAGCCUUUCAUAUUUCAGGAUCCCAGAGAGAGCCGUGCUAUCCCUGAAUCUGAUGCACAGGAGGAGCCAAAGAUAGAAGCAGUUUCCACACAAGAGGAGUCCUUUGAGCAUGAGUGCUGUGCAAGUCUAGUGCAGGUUACAGAGCUGCUGUUUGUUAAAGAUGAAGAGGUCCCUCAACAGGAAUGUGUUCCUAUCAAAGAGGAGUUCAUAGAGCAGGAAUGUGUCUCCAUCGCAGAGGAACUUCCUGCUGAAUAUAAUGCCUGUGCACUUGAGGAGAACAACAAGCUGGGAUCCAGCCUGUGUGAUGAGUCUCCAUCUGAACCUGAACUGGGAUUUAGAGCUUCUAAAGUAGCUGAAGGGGAACACGACUCCACUCCAUCAGCCCAGUGCAAAAACUCUUCUAGUGGCAAACCACAGUGCAAGAACAACAGAGAAACGACACCCCAAGAAGAGUAUGUGAAGAUGUUAAGAACUCGCUCCAUUAAAAUCCCUUCUUUACAAAACAGACCCCCUCUUACUGUGGAGAGUACAGAGACGCCACAUUCUGCAUGUUUCAACAGUUCUGAAACCCAGGGCAACUUGAAGACCUUGCCUCGUUCUAUUAAAGCUUCUAAAGUAGAUGAAGGAGAACACGACUGCACUCCAUCAUCCCAGUGCGAAAACUCUUCUAGUAGCAAACCACAGCGCAAGAAGCACAGAGAAGCGACACCCCAAGAAGAGUACGUGAAGACAUUGAGAACUCGCAUCAUUAAAAUCCCUUCUUUACAAGACAGACCCCCUCUUACUGUGGAGAGUACAGAGAUACCACAUUCUGCAUGUUUUAACAGUUCUGAAACCCAGGGCAACUUGAAGAACUUGCCUCGUUCUAUUAAAGGUGGGAAGAGUUCCUGUCAAUUGGAGGUUCCUGAAACUCACAAGGGAAAUCACACAGGAAGGGCUACAUUUUCAUGUGGUGAUUGUGGGAAGAGUUUCAAUCUUUUAUCACUACUUAAAAGACACCAGCACAUUCACACAGGAGAGAAACCUUCCCACAUACAGUCCAGUGAUAAGAGUUUCACACAGUUAGGAAAUCUUCAUUCACACCAGCGCAUUCACUGCACUGAGUGUAGGAAAACAUUCAGUCGCACAGGAAACCUUAAAAAACACAAGGUGGUUCACACAGGAAAGAAACCUCAUCACUGUGCUGCUUGUGGGAAGAGAUUCAGCCAGUUUGGAAACCUUAAAAUCCACCAGCGCAUUCACACAGGAGAGAAACCUCAUCACUGUGCUGUUUGUGGGAAGAGAUUCAGCCAGUUUGGAGACCUUAAAAGACACCAUAAAAUUCAUACAGGAGAGAAACCUCAUCAUUGUGCUGUUUGUGGGAAGAGAUUUAGCCUGUUUGGAAACCUUAAAAUCCACCAGCGCAUUCACACAGGAGAGAAACCUCAUCACUGUGCUGUUUGUGGGAAGAGAUUCAGCCAGUUUGGAGACCUUAAAAGACACCAUAAAAUUCAUACAGGAGAGAAACCUCAUCACUGUGCUGUUUGUGGGAAGAGAUUUAGCCUGUUUGGAAACCUUAAAAUCCACCAGCGCAUUCACACAGGAGAGAAACCUUAUCACUGUACUGAGUGUGGGAAGAGAUUCAGUCACAUAGGAAGCCUUAAAAACCACAAAGCCAUUCACACAGGAGAGAAACCUCAUCACUGUGGUGCUUGUGGGAAGAGAUUCAACCAGUCUGAAGACCUUAAAAGACACCAUAAAAUUCACACAGGUGUGUAAUCCUCUCCCUGCUCUUAAUGUGUGAAGAGGGUAAGUCAGUUGCAGGCUCUUACAGGACUCGAGAACUUUCUCAGAAUUGCAGACACUUGAACAACAGGAGGAUAUUUUACUAAAUACAGAAAUAUUUACUGAAAACAAAAACUAAACCUGCUUGAUAAACAGAGUCUUAACUAUCUAUGAGGACGCCGGGGUCGAUCCUCGCUUGUUUUUUUGCAUCAUCAAUGCUGAAGCUCAUGUAAAAAUUCUGCUAAAGUAC